CGUUACCAUAGAGACCACAUCACAAACCAAGCUAAAGUAGCUAAAGCAGCUAAACUUAUUAAAGUUUCCUGCAAGUACUCGCAGUUUUGCCUGAGUGAAAAAUGGCACAUAUAAGAACUUACCGCACACCUGUGAAAAUGGGAAACUGGUUUGAAGAGCAGCGCUUAAAAGAGGAUGAAGUAAAAGAACAUCUGGAGAAAAAAGAGAGGGGCGAGCUUGCUGGCCAGAAAAUGGACUUCCUCAAAGAGAACAUUUUAAAACCGGUGAAAUUCUCUGUGACAAAUGAUGGUACCCUGCACUUUGGUGAUAUUGUGAUGUUAGUGAACAUGGGAGGAGGAAACAGGGAGUGCAGCGCAGUGAGCAUCAAUGCUGAUGUUAACAGCUUAACAAAGAUUCCUUCGCCCGGCGUUCAAGCUCCGUGUGCAGUCAGCGCAGUCAGGAGUGUCCAGCCGUGCACACGCACAGCUUUUGUCAUUACCAGUGUAGAUGGCAGUCCUGAGGGAUCCACUCUUCAUUUUGAGCAAAGUUUUGCCUUAAAGACAACAAGUGGCUUUGCCAGGGGACUUUACUUGACGAGUGACUUGCGAAGUUUUCAAAAGUGUGCAAAAAAGUCUCGCCUCCAAGAAGUAAGCCUGGAAGACAGCGAUUCCUUUCUGUCAUGGUGGAAGAUCGUUUACUUUGACCCCCAGGAAAGACUUGAAUAUGAGGGUCUGCCAGUUCCUGCUAAUGUGAAGGUGCUGAUUGUACACUGCAAGACAAACCAGGCUCUUGCUGUUCUGGGUGAUCACGUCCUCUGGACCAUGUAUGGCAAGGAGUAUGAGCUGACGGCUCACACAUUCUUGGAUUCCCAUAAAGCUGAACAGGACAACAAUCACUGGAUACUCUGCACCGCUGAUCCUACAGGGGAUGGACUUGUACUUUUCAAAUAACCACAGUUGAUGGCUAAAAAAACAGAACUUGAGGCGCUCUCAGAAGCUAACCCUAGUGUCUAACACCAUCUGUUUUUAUGCUAAAAUGUUUUGUAACAAAGGUUGUUUUUUUCUGUUUAGGUCAUCUCUUGUAAUGCAGGAAUAGUCUAGGGCAAAAAUCAGUAACACAUGACCACCAACUGUUAAGUGUGUUUUACUAGAAGUAAAAAGUAAUAAUUUGAUAGCAAUGGUCACGAAUUUGUUAAUAACUAGUUUGUAAACCAUCUGUGAACAUUAUCUGGAAAGCUAUAUUAAAGUUGCAGCUGAUGUUAAUAAAAUAUUAAUAAUUAACACUAUUUAUUAUGUGGAUGAAUAGGUGGAACUUGUAUUUGAUUGUUUUUUUUUUAUGUUUUUUUAAAUUGUGGAUAAAUAGCUCAGUUAUUGGUAUCAUCACAAGACUGCGAUGAUACCAAUCCGAGGAAAGGCUGUAUAAAGUAAAUAGAACUGGUCCCAGCACGGUUCCGUGUGGAACUCUGUAUAGAGAACACUCCCCAGUUUCAUGAGGAAAUGGAAAUCUGUUUUGCAGAUAUGAUUCAAAACACUGCAGCACAGUACCUUUAAUACUUACAAAAUGUUCUAAUGUUUGCAGUAAAAUAUUGUGGGCUAGAGUAUCAAACGCCGCCCUGAGGUCUAGCAGGACAAACACAGAGAUUAAUCAACUGUCAGCAGCCAUAAGUAGAUCAUUCAUAACUUUCACCAGUGCCAUUUCUGCACUGUGAUGAAUUCUGAAACCUGACUGGAAUUUGCCAAAUAAACUAAAGUAAAAAGAAGGUUGGAGUUUGGUGUAUAAUUUGCUAAGACAGCUGGGCCAAGUAGAGGCUUUUUAAGUAAUAGUUUAAUGAACACCAUCUUAAAAGCCUGUGGUAGGUACCCUAGCAAUAAAGAUACAUUUAUCAUAUUUAAGAUUAAAGCAUUAGUUAAUUGUGGGACUUUUAAACAGUCUUGUCAAAAGGGGUCUAAUAGAGUUGAUGGUUUGAAGGAAGCGGAAGCGAAUGGAUGGAUGGAUGGAUGGUUUGAAGGAAGUAAUCAUUGGAAGUUGACUGAGGAAGAUCAACCUAUGCUGCUUAUAAAUUCAGGAAUGUCCAAAGAUGCAAUCCUGAUCUGCAAAAAAGCUGUGACUUUGUGAAUAAUGUAAAGUAAAAACAGAAUGAUUUAAGUCCUACAUUUAACUGAGACUGCAAUACAAAGUAAUGUUCUGUAAAAGAAAAUAAAAAAAAAUAUU